UAACUUCUAUAAACUGGGCAUGCAGAGAAAACCAACGCCACAAUCAGAGUGUUCAUAAUGCAUGCUAGGCCAUAAACAAGUUCAUACACAGCUGCAAUUCCUGUGGCUCAAAAUUACUUCAACUUCCGUCCAAAUCUACUGAUUUCUUGAGUAAGUGUUCAAACAUGGCCAUGGCACCCAUCAUCAAAGUAGUUCUAGGCUCCAUUGCCUUUGCCAUCUUUUGGGUCCUUGCUGUCUUCCCCGCCGUGCCAUUUCUCCCAAUUGGCCGGACCGCCGGGUCCCUUCUCGGGGCCAUGCUCAUGGUCGUCUUCCGCGUGAUCACUCCCGACCAAGCAUAUGAUGCUAUUGACCUCCCCAUCCUCGGCCUCCUCUUCGGCACCAUGGUUGUCUCCGUCUACCUCGAGCAGGCUGACAUGUUCAAGUACUUGGGUCGGCUCCUCGCGUGGAGGAGCCAAGGUGGCAAGGACUUGCUCUGCCGAGUCUGCCUCGUCUCCGCGGUCUCCAGUGCGUUCUUCACCAACGACACCUCUUGUGUUGUCCUAACUGAAUUUGUCUUGAAGAUCGCGAGGCAGAACAACCUCCCACCGCAGCCAUUCUUGCUCGCGCUCGCCUCCAGUGCGAAUAUUGGAUCAUCAGCGACCCCGAUCGGGAACCCACAGAAUCUGGUUAUAGCUGUUCAAAGUAAGAUUUCAUUCGGGAAGUUCUUGAUAGGGAUCAUCCCCGCCAUGCUCCUGGGUGUGGUUGUCAAUGCUUGUAUUCUCUUAUGUUUGUUUUGGAAGCUGUUGUCUGUUGAGAAGGACGUGGAAGGGGCAGCAGAAGUCGUCGCCGAAGAUGAUGUGAAUUCACAUCGGUUUUCACCUGCAACGAUGUCACACGUUACUUUGAAUCCUCCGGAGUGGAGUCCAAGCUUGCUUGCGAAUGGGGAUUUGGGUAAUCUCGAGAGCCUAAGAAUCCGAACGAGUGUGAGUGAGAAUGAUAUACAGAGACAGCCAAGUGGCAGGAUUGAGUCUGUGAGGACUUCAAAUGCAUCGAAGGAUGCAACUGGAAGCACGGGACUUGCGACAGAUGAAGUUGUCACGUCAAGGCGGUCCGAGAGGGGUGGUUUAAAUGACAAUGCCCAGAUAAACGGUGGGGAAGAUUCAGCUUCCCUCCAUUCUUCAGUCGGAAAGGAAGGUGUGAUGAUGAGGUGGAAGAGGUUGCUCUGGAAGACAUGCGUUUAUCUUGUGACGGUUGGAAUGCUGAUUUCACUGCUGAUGGGGCUAAACAUGUCGUGGACUGCGAUUACUGCUGCUCUUGCUCUGGUGGUUCUUGAUUUCAAAGAUGCCCGACCAUGCUUGGAGAAGGUUUCGUAUUCUCUUUUAAUCUUUUUCUGUGGGAUGUUUAUCACCGUUGAUGGCUUCAACAAAACGGGUAUACCAAGCGCUGUCUGGGAUUUCAUGGAGCCGCAUGCGCGGAUCAAUCGAGCUAGCGGGAUUGCAGUGCUUGCCAUUGUGAUUCUUAUCCUCUCAAAUUUCGCUUCCAAUGUACCUACUGUUCUCUUGCUUGGAGCUCGGGUUGCAGCAUCGGCGGCCACGAUUUCUCCAGAAGAGGCGGUGAAGGCGUGGCUCAUCUUAGCAUGGGUUAGUACGGUGGCCGGGAAUCUAUCGUUGCUGGGUUCCGCGGCGAACUUGAUCGUGUGCGAGCAGGCUCGCCGGGCCCAGAUUGGUUACACCCUCUCAUUUUGGACCCAUCUCCGUUUCGGAGUUCCUUCCACACUCAUCGUAACGGCCAUUGGCUUGCCACUCAUCAGGGGUUGAUACUGGGCAAGGAUAGAUUGAACGGUGAUCAACGGCUCGAUCAUUGUCAUGGCUAUCUGCUUGGAUUGAUGCUGCAUGCAUGAUUACAUAUCGAACGGGCCAAUCAAUGGCUCACAUGACAAUGUGGCCACCUGAUAGUGGACCCCACCUGAUUUUCGCUCUAGGGGAUGUCCAAAGUGGGGCCCACAUUAUGAGUGAUCUGGAUGGGCUCACACGUGUGCCGUGAUGGGCCUGGUAUUUAUCUCAGUUGAAUAAAAGAAAUGUAUUGAGUUUGCUAUUUAGUUGUAAAACAACAAAAACAUGUUGGUAGUUUUUAUUGUAACGGGAGAGUACUAUGAUAGUUUACUGCCAUUUUGAAUAUGGUGGUGGCGUCCCUCCUCAUAUGUGGCACUCAUUUCUAGCUAUCUGGACCGUUCAAAUUGUGAGGCACGUCUUGGAUUGAGAAUCUGUGUAAAAUCGCUUAGAUAAAGUAAUCCUGACCAUCCAAAUGUUGGCUAUCAAAUGAAUGGUUAAGACUAAAAUUAUGAGUGAUCCAAAUUCGAAGGAGAAAAAACCAGAAGGUUACUUUCGUCUUCUCAAAUGUGUUUUUUUAUUUUUGUUUAUUUAUAUGCUGCAUCCACAAGAGGAUCCACAAUUUGGACGGCCUGGAUUGCUGUAAAAGUAUGCCAUGUGUAGGGCUGACUAUCCACUGCCAUUUUUAAAAUGGUGUUAAACUAUUACAUAAGCGUUACUCGUCAUUUAUUGGUGGGGGUA